AUGACGGCGCUGUGACCCUGCGGAACCAGGCGGACCGGCCAGGCAACGGCUGACGAUGUGCUAACGAGCUAGCUGGGAGCUAUCGCUGUCUACUGUGUGUGAGGGGGAGGUGAUUUAUGUAUGAUAUAGACCAAUAUCCAGUAUAUAUUGCAUUUUAUUUUAAGUUAGCCACCUACGUGAUUUAAUUAUGCCUAGCAAGAAGAAGAAAUACAACGCCAGAUUCCCUCCGGCACGGAUUAAGAAGAUCAUGCAGACAGAUGAAGAAAUAGGCAAAGUGGCUGCAGCAGUACCUGUUAUUAUUUCGAGAGCCCUGGAGCUUUUUUUGGAAUCCUUGCUUACAAAGGCCUGUCAAGUCACCCAGUCUAGGAAUGCAAAGACGAUGACAACAUCGCAUCUAAAGCAGUGUAUUGAGCUGGAGCAACAGUUUGAUUUCUUGAAAGACCUGGUUGCUACGGUACCGGACAUGCAGGGCGAGGGGGAUGAGAACCACACGGAGGGGGGAGGAGAAAAAGUACCACGCAGGGGUAGAAAACCAGGGUCUGGUCGUAAAAAUGGUGGAGCUGGCUCCAAAGGCAAGGACAAGAAGUUGUCUGGUACAGAGUCGGAGCAAGAGGAUGACUCUGAAGAGAGCGAGACCGAUGGGGACGAGGAGGAUGGCUCUCUGCAGACCGCAUCCAAGUUCUACAGCUCAAACGCGCCCCCCCAGUACAUGCAAAUGGGCAGCAUGGCUCCCGCACAGCCCCAGGGCGGUAUGGCCUUCGCACCGCCGCCCCCGGCCCCCGAGCCACACAAAAACGAGGACGAUGAGGACGACGACGAAGACUAUGACUCUUAGCUCCCUCCUCUUCCUCUUCCUGCCACACACACAGACACACGUACCCCUUACAACAUUAUUUUCAAUUUGCUAAGUUGUUGCGGCGGCUGCUCCUUGCAGAGGAGGGAAAGACUCUUCAUCACCCCCCCUGGAGGCAAAGAGACGCCAUCGCAGGACACACAAAACUGGUUGUACAUUGUGUUUAAAUUUUACUUCUUUUUUUUUAAAGAUUUUUUUUUUUAUUGUAGAAGAGAAUUAAAUGAGGAUGUUUUUUAACGAGUCAGUUGUUCAAUUUUGACUAUAAAAAAAAAAAGAGAAAAAUGGCAGUCACUCUUUUUGCAGUGAGCCCCCGCAGACCGGAUAGGUGUAGUUUGUGUUGCUUUGUAGCUUUUUUUUUCUUUUUCUUUUGGCACUUUUCUUUCUUCCCCAGUCCUCCGUUAUAGACUCACGAAAGGGAACAAACAAGUUGGAAAAGUCUCCUGUAAGUGGCAGAGCGGGCCGUGGGGCCGCGAGCCGGCCUCUGAUACUCACUCGCAGGCUGGGAGGAGUAGUGUGCCGUUGGCUGGAAGUAGUGCCGUUGGGAACGUGUACUUCCCGCCUUUGUCUGUCAUAUCAGCCCGGCUGUAACAUAAACAAGGAAGCAGGUGUAUUUUUACUGUAGGUUAGCUAAACCACAGCUUUCUGGAAUUGGUUUUCUAUUUUUAAUUCACGUUUUUAUCAAGAGAACUAUGAACCUCCACCACGACCACAGCCAUGAAGUCAACCAUAUCAGCGGUUUAAUCAUCUUUGUUUUGGGGGGGGGUUUUCUCACGCUGUCGGGGGUCAGUUGCUCCGGCAGUUGGGUCUUGUAUUUUUUUUUUCUUUACACGACUAUUAAAUUCCCCAUCAGAAGUAUACUGUGACUCUUGGACCAUAACUUUGUUUUUAAAGUUGUUUGUCUCCUUUUGUCCUCUCUCAUUUGUAUUCACGUCACCCAAAUUUAUCUUGAGCAUUUUUUCCUCCCCACCUCUUUUAGAUUGUUUUAAAUGUAUCCAAUGGGGAACGAGAUGGGGCUCCCAUUCACGCGUCAGUCUCAGUAUGAAAUGUUUCCGAAUACACAGUUGAAGUUGACACUGUAUUGUAAACUUUUAACAUUCUUUUUAUUUUGUAUGGGUGAAAUAAAGUUCAUAUUUCAAUUUAAAAAAAGCA